UCUAUUUUUUUUGUUCAUAAUUCGUAUCAAUAUCUACAGCUAGAGAUAUUAAUUUUCUGAAUGUCAAGAGGUUUUACCUCCCUUUGGAGUUCUAAAAAACUGUAAUAAUUUUGACAGUUAUUUUGACAAUCAUAAAACAAUUCUGUCACAUUCUUUAUAAAUUUUGACGUUCAAUUUUCAUAUCUCAUUUUAAAAGUACCAACAACAGUUUUUAAACAAUGGCUUUGUUAAGUUUAAAAAAAAUUUGCAGUAUUAUUCUUAAUCCAACUCUCACAUCAAUAGAAUCUCCAAGUCAAUUUAUAUGCCUCAGACAUUUGAGUGUUAAUCCUGUACAUAAACUCUUUGAACUGAAGAAGCACACAACACCUCAACAUCAGCACUGUGAGAUAGGCUCAGCAACAGAAGAAAUCAGACAGCAACAAUUUUUUAAUACCAACAAGUAUAAACCAUAUUCAAGAAAACUGAUUUCCACGAACUAUAUUUAUACCACUAAAGCAAAUACCUCGAUAAAGCCAAGCUGUGUUAGAUGUUUUGCUACCAGCUCAAAAACGACCAAAAGUAAAGACGCCAAAGCUAAAGAACCUGUGCAGGAAGAUCUAUGUCCACCAAAAACCAAGACAAAACCAAAGGAAAAAAGUAAAAAAUCUUGGAGUUUCUUUUCGUCAAAAGAAACAAAGGAAAGGCUUUUGCAAGAGCAAAAGGAGAAGGACAAGGCUUGUCUGGAAGAUUGUUGUGAAUUUAUAAAAGUUCAAACUGGCCCCGAUCCUGAUUUCAGACACUUAGAUGGAACCAUUUACAAAUCGUGUGGAGAGGCCUACCUUCUCCAAAGAGAGAAGAUUUCUAGAAAGAAAAUUAGCGAUUUUGAGAUGUGGGAGAACGAUUUACUUGAUCGAAUAGAAAGACAUCCAGACUUGAAGAAUGUUGUAGACCCCAUGCCUGAGUUUAGAAGUGUCGGCCAAAGACUGGUGGAUUUGGCAGAUAAAAAGCUGCAUCCACUAUAUAAAAAAUAUAUGAUGACUCCAAAGCCUCCCCGUCAGUUACCAGCUCCCAAACACCUCUACAGAUCUAUAAGUGGCCCGAUAAGACCAGACGACAUACCAAGCAGGUUACAUAUCAACAAGGAAUGUCUGGAAAGAAAGAAUAUAUACGCGGAUUUUAAAAGGGUCGAACCACCAAGGCAGCUUCUGGCCAAAAUUCUGGAGAUCCAGUUGAACGAAAAACCAACGAUGGAGAAGAAAAUCAAAAAUCAGAACCAGAAACAAUGAAAAAGUGAAGUGUCCGGUGCACCUUGAGUUAGUCCAAUAAAAGUUGAUUUUUUGUUAAAUAAAUAUAUUUUGUAUUUUCAAUUGAUACGGAAUAUAUUUUUACUUUUUUAUUUACAAGGAAA